UUGUGUGCCACCCUUGACCUGACAGGACCGACGGCAUGUUUUGGACGCUCCUCCUGGCUUUGAUCCUCCUGCUGUUGCUCCAGGCACAGCUGCUUGUUUGUCUGCAUGAACUCCGAUCCUCUCUGGCCAAAGUGACUUCAGCGACCCCUUCUGGAUCUUCCAAUGCCUCAGCUUUGCAACGUCUGCCAGGAGCCAUAAUCAUCGGGGUGCGCAAAGGAGGCACCAGGGCCCUGCUGGAGAUGCUCAACCUCCAUCCAGAUGUGGAAGUAGCCAAAAACGAGAUCCACUACUUCAACCUGGAUGAUAAUUUUCGGAAGGGUCUGGACUGGUAUCGUGCCCAGAUGCCCAUCACUCUCCCUGGGCAGCUGACGGUGGAAAAGACCCCUGGCUACUUCACAGCACCACUGGCCCCAAAGAGGAUAUGGGCCAUGAAUCCAGCUGUGAAACUGCUGCUGAUCGUCCGUGACCCUGCAGAGAGACUUGUAUCAGACUACACACAAGUUCUCCACAACCGAAUUCAGCAAAACAAGCCAUAUCAGCCACUCGAAGAGCUGCUAUUACCACAAGAACACAUCAACCCCAAAUACAAAGCCCUUCAGAGGAGCUUUUACUACCAGCACCUUGCCAAGUGGUUGGAGCUUUUUCCCAGAGAGCAGAUGCACAUCGUGGAUGGAGAGGCGCUGAUUCAGAAUCCGUUCCCUGAGCUGCAGAAGGCGGAGAAAUUUUUGGAACUUCCACCUCGGAUAAAGCCAGAUAAUUUCUACUUUAACGUCACGAAGGGCUUUUAUUGUUUGCUGUCUGCGGGACAUGACAAGUGCCUGGAUGAGUCUAAAGGAAGACCACAUGCACCACUUAGCAGCGAGGCUUUCCAGAAGCUUUGCCGUUACCUGCGAGUACCCAAUCAAAUCUUUUUCAGAAUGGUGGGACAGAGGUUUGACUGGUGCUAAAGACAGCUGAAAAAUUAUUGACAGCUCUUACAGAGACUGAGAAUGAGAUUUAAAUUACUACUGAAAACUCAUUUUGUAAAAAGAGUGUCAAUGGAAUAUGUUUAAAAAAUACAGCAACCAGUUUGCAAGAUGGCCAAGCAAAGAGACCAGCAUCAAAAUCUGUUCUGAACGGUAAUACAUCUGGCCUACAGUCUACAAUUUGUCUUCUGUGGAAAAUAAAAUAGAUCUGCAGGACUUCAUGCUUUAAAAACUCUCUGGAGCACUUUUGAAUCCAAAAGUCUCAGUUCAAA